AUGAACAAAAUGAAUGAUUUAGAUAUCGAAGAAUAUAACAGGAAUAUAAUACAAGAACUUAAUGAAGCCGCUGAAGAAGGUGAAUAUCCGUUGUGUAUGUUUUUACAUGACCUCAUAGAAAUAGACAUGGAAUCAAAUUUUAGUUAUAAAUAUAUAAUUAUAGAUAGAUUGGUUGAAAUAUGUAUAGAUUCUAUUAAUAAGAAGAUGUUUUCUUUAGCUGAUGAGUGCAUGUAUUUUAUGCGUUAUUGUAUAGAUAAAUGUAUAAAUUUAAAAGAUGAGAUAAUAAAGAAUAAUUCAUUUUUUAAUAAUAUGAAUAUUAUAAUAGACAUAUGUUCAAAAGAAAAGGUUUAUAAUAAUGAUAGUUUGUAUAUUUUUGAAAAAACAUUUUUUUUUUUUAUUCUUGAUUUAAAUAAUAAUAUGGAUGAUUUUAUUAAUUUAUGGAAAAUAUAUAAAAAUGAAUUGAUAGAUUUUUAUACUACUUUAAUAUAUAUGAUAUCAAUAACUAUAUCUGAAUUUUAUGUUAUAUUAAAAAAUAUAAAAGGAGAGGAUAAUGUUGAUAUAGAUUAUAUACAUAUUGGUUGUGAAUUAAUGAAGUUAAUAGAAAUAUGUUUAGAUUUGUCACUUGUUAUAUUUAAUAAUAUAGACAAGAUAGAAAAUAUAGAUAUGUUAGAAAAUCAUAUAAGUGUUAUGAUUAAAAAUUUUCAUGAUAUACCUGACAUCGAAAUAAAAAGAAAAAUCAUGUUAAUGAUGAAAGCUAUAAAUAAAAAGAAUAUAUGUGACAAAGAAUGGAAUGAAGAGAUUAAUAAUUUUAAUAUAAAAUAUAAUUUGUUAAGUAAUGCAUCAAAUAAACAAAAAUAUAAAAACAAGAAAAAUAAGAAGAAAAAUAAGAAUAAUAAUUAUUAUAAUUAUCUAAAUAUAACAAAAGAUAAAGAACAUAUAAAUAUAAAUUAUUUAAAAACUAAUUCUUAUAUAUAUAUAAACAAUUGUUAUCUUUUUCUUAAUACAUAUGAAGAAAAUCUUAACCAUAUAACAAUGAAUACAUCACCAAGUAGAUGUAACAAAAUAAAGUUAUCUUCAUGGGGAUAUAAAGGAUCGUUGUUAAUAAAUUUCUUCUAUUCUUAUUUUUAUAAUACUAAGCAGAAAUUAUUAGUAGUUAUCUCAUAUGAUAAUAUGAAAAUAAGAUCUGAUCCCAAUUACAAAUCUGUAUUUUUUUAUUUCAAAAAGGGAGAAAUAUCGGGUGUUCUGUCCAACAAACUGAGGAAUACCUUUAAAGAUAAAUUUUUGGAUAAUCUUGAAAUAUGUAUUAAACUAAGCUCAAAAGAUAUAUGUAACAAUGUACAUGAACUUAUGAUGUGUCGUAUUAAUAAAGAAAAGUUUAGUGUCGAUGAAAGACAUAAAAAGAAGGAACUAUAUUAUAUUGAAAAAGAACAUAAUUUACCAGAAGAUACGUUUAAUAAUACUAUGGAAAAUGUUGAUAAUAUGGAUAAUGAUCAAAUUUGUGAAAAUGAUGUUAAGGAUAAUAUGGAAGAGAUAUUUCAAAAUAAACAAAAUAAACAAAAUAAUCAUAUAUAUUUUAAUAAUUUAGGAAGAAAUCAUAUCUCCUUAAUUAAUACUAAUAAUUUAAAAAAUGAAGAAAAGUUAGAACGAAGAAAAGUUAGUUUUGCAAGUACAAAAGAAUUGUGUUUAUUGAAUGAUGAUAUUUCUGUAGAAACCAAAACCAUGUUAUUAGAAGAAUCAAUAUUAAAGCAUGUCCAUUCCAAAUAUAAUAAUAAAUACAUGAACAGUAAUAUUAUAUAUGAUAAACACGAAAGUAUACAUUAUGAUAACAAUAAAAAAAGUUUAAGGGAAAAUUCUGGAAGUAUGAGAAAUGAAAAUUUAUUAUUUAUUCAUGACAAUCAUAAAAAGGAAAAGGUAGAACCUAUCAAAAUUAGUUACGCAACUACACGGGAUUUAAUUGGGAAAAAAGAAUAUUCGAAAGGAAAAUUAGAAGUACAGAACAAUAAUAUAGAUGGCGAUGAAAGAGGGGAUAAUAAUAAUGUAAAAGAUGAUGAAAAAGGGGAUAAUAAUAAUAUAAAAGAUGAUGAAAAAGGGGAUAAUAAUAAUAUAAAAGAUGAUGAAAAAGGGGAUAAUAAUAAUAUAAAGGAUGAUGAAAAAUGGGAUAAUAAUAAUAUAAAGGAUGAUGAAAAAUGGGAUAAUAAUAAUAUAAAGGAUGAUGAAAAGUGGGAUAAUAAUAAUAUAAAAGAUGAUGAAAGAGGGGAUAAUAAUAACAUGGACAAUGUAAAAAGAGUAUAUAAUAAAAAUAUCAAAGAGACAACAUUAAAUUAUAAGAGCCUUUUGGUUAAUCAUGUAAUUCCUAAGGGUAAACAAAUAAAUGAUGAUAAAAAUAGAAAUGAAGAUUAUUAUGCAUAUAGAGAUAAUACAGAAAAAAAGAACGAGAAGGAACAUAUGCUGAACAAUUAUAUUCAUGAUAAAGAAAAAAUGAAAAUAAUAGAUAAUGAGUAUAAUACAAAUAAUAAAGAAGAUACACCUAUAAAUAUAUAUAAAAAAAAUGAAAAUAUUUAUAUAUCAAAGGAAUGUAAUACAAAUAAUAAUGACAAUAAUGACAACAAUGACAAUAAUGACAAUAAUAAUAAUAAUAUUUAUUAUUAUAAUAAUUAUAAUAAUGAAGGAGAAAAAAAUACAGACAAUCAAAGUAUUUCAAAGCAUUUACAAAAUAAAGAUAAAAAGAAAUAUACCAAUUCCAUAGAAAAUGAAGCAUUAAUAAAAAAUAAUAUAAAAAAUGAUGAAAAAUAUAUAAAUAAUCAAAAUAAUAAAGAAAGGAAAAUAUUACAUCAUAAAAAUAAUAUGAUAAACAAAAAUGAUUUAGAAUCAACUCCUCAAUUAGAAAUGUCAGAUAUUUUAAAUAAUUCACAAAAUAAAUAUUCUAUAAAUAAAGACUAUAUUAUAAAAUCGCCCAUAGAAAUUGUUCGGAAAUUAUUGAACUUUGAUGAGAAACAAAAAAAUAUUGAGGAAUGUAUAGAGAACUUAAAUAAUUAUAAUAUAUAUGAUAAAAAUCAAAAUGAAAAUGAAUUAAAAGAAGAUCAAAUAAAUCAUCUUAAAUAUGAUCAUAUGAAUAGUAUGGUUAAUCAUAAUAACAAUAUUCAUGAUAAUGUAAAUAAUUUGUGUAUGAUAAAUAGAGAAGAAAAUAUCAUAACAAAAACAAAAAAUACAACAGAAAAAUACUCUAAUAUUUUUAAGAAUAGUAAUCAUAAAAUUAAAUGCAAUAAUAACCAGGACAACUAUUUAAUAAAUAGAAGAAAUGAAAAGAAGGAGAAAUCUAAAAUUAAUAAAAAUAAAAAUAAAAAUAAAAAUUAUUAUCGUAAAGAAUAUAAUGAUGAAGAAAAAAAAGAGAAAGAUCAUAUAAAUCAUAACAUAAAUGAUGAUAAUUUUAUAAUGAAAAAUAAUAAUAUAAAAAAUGUGCAACCAAAUCAAAAAAGACAAGAUGUAGUAGUACAUGAUGGUAAUAUUAUGUCAAUUAAUAAUAAAGAGGAAAUACAUGAACAUGAUACUCCAAGAAAAAAAAAAAAAAAAUUUACAAACAUUAAUUUAGAUAAUAAUUCAAAUGAAUAUUCACAAGUUGUAAAUAUAUCAGGUUAUGAUGAACCUAGUAAUGAAUUAAUUUUUAAACAUGAAAGUAAUGUUAUAUCACCAUGUAAUAUUGAUAAAAGUUGUUUAAGUAGUAGGAGCAAAAAAAGGAUAUCUACAACAAUGAUAAAUAAUACCACACCUAACAAUAAUAAUAAUAAUAAUAUGAAUUAUUAUAAUAAUACAUACUGUAAAGAAACAAACGAUACUUAUUCAAAAAAUCCUAUAGAUUCACCUUAUCCUAUUAAAAAAGUGAAAUACAAUUAUUAUUAUGAUUCUAAACUAUCUGAACUAUUAAAAAAAGAAGAUAAUUUAGAAAAACUGUCAGCCAAAUAUUUAAUUCGAGCUUACACAUUAAUUCAAUAUAAUAAAAGAUAUGUACAUAUUCAAAUCAUUGAUUAUUUUAGAUACAUAAAAAAAGAAAUUCUCUUAUCAUAUGAUAACAUUAAUAUAAAAUAUAAUAAAUUAUUAAAUCAUAUACAAUCACAACAUCAUAACAAAUUACAAAAUAUAUUAAUAAAAUAUUAUAAACAUUUAAAGGAACAUACUAACCAAAAAAAAAAUUUUAAUCUUAAUAAAAAUAUUCCAAAAUCUAUCAAUAGAAACAUAAUAAAAAUUAAAAUUAAAUCCUUAUACGAUACACUUAACAUAGUUCAAAGAACUAUGAAAGAUAAAAUAUUAAAUUCAACAAUUAUGCUUAAUUAUAAACAAAGUGAUAUUUAUACUCCAUCCUUUUCUUUAGGAACUAUAAUAUCAAAAUAUUCCAUAUAA